ACCCCGCACACGAUUGCAAGAUGCUUUUCCGUUAUUUUGGAACCAUCUUUCUACUUUUGGAAAUCUCAUGCCAUGAACUAACCAUUAGGAACCUUCAUAAAGAUCUACUACUGAUGCAGAAAAGGACCCCUUGUCGUAUUCAAACUGGAAAUAUUCGCAUACUACAUCCGAUUAAUCUAACAGAGAUAGAGUUCACUAUUAACCAGCUUACUAAUUUAGUAUACCAUAAACGAAUGAAUAACAAUGCUCUUAUUGAAAUUAGCAAAUACAAAAUACGAGAUUUAUAUUCCAACUUCUUACAAAUUAAACCGUCAUCGCACAAACGAACUAAACGGUGGGACAUCAUAGGCACCACCUGGAAAUGGAUAGCGGGCAGUCCUGACGCCCAAGAUCUUAGAAUCAUCGACAAAAGUCUUCACCAACUAACCAACGAGAAUAACCAUCAAGUCAAAGUUAACCAUCAAAUCGGCAAAAGAAUCUCAGAAUUAACGACCACUAUCAACCAAAUUAUUGAAAAACAACAAAUCAACAAAAUAAUCCUCGAUGAGCUCGACAUUGUCACCACCAUCCUGAAAAUAGACACACUCAACAAAAUCCUGAUAAGUAUUCAAGAAGCUAUACUUUUUCUAAGAUGCACGUCGCAAAUAGCAAGAUGUUAUCCAGCAAGGAAAUUUUUCUUAUCAAAAACAUCUUAA